UAGGACCUUCCUUCCCGAUUUGGGCCCGCAAUCAGUGGUAUUUUUGUAGGCUUCAGAACUGCUAUAUAUUUCACCAAUGGAUGUUCAGGCUACCCAGAAUCAUGGCCUUCCUUGUUGCGUUAUGGUCUCUUUUCCUGCUCAGUACUGUAUAUCUUGUGUACAAGCGCCUUACUCGCAUCUCACUUGCUAAUAUUCCUGGGCCGCAAUCGAAGUCCUUCCUCUAUGGAAACCUGCUGGAACUUCUCAGAGGCCAAGCAUCAGACGUAGACUUCAAAUGGCAAGCGAUGUAUGGCGAUAUCAUUCGCGUCCAGGGACAUUUGGGGGAAGAUCGUCUUCUUGUCCUUGAUCCCAAGGCGCUGCAGUAUAUAUAUCACACUAGUGGCUACAGGUUUAUCAAACCCCCAGGACGUAAGGCCCUCGGAAGGUUGAUGACAGGACCUGGAAUUCUCUUCGCCGAGGGUGACGACCACAAGAGACACCGUAAAGUUCUCCUACCGGGUUUCGGAGGUCCCGAAGCCAAGUUUUAUGUACCAGUGUUUUUCAAAUAUGCUAACAAGAUGGCGUCAAAGUGGAAAGAGUUGAUCUCCACCUCUGACAACCAGUCCGUCAUUCUUGAUAUUCCUUCGUGGGUAUCGCGUGCAACAUUGGACGCGAUAGGUGAAGCCGCCUUUGAUUACCAGUUUGGCGCCCUCGAUGACUCGACCAAUCCGCUUACCACCGCAUAUACAAACCUCCUCUUUGACACUUUCACCAUACAAACGGACAACAGUAGCCUGUUACUGCAUAUGAUGGAAAGGAUACCGCAGCGGCUUCUACGAUACCUUGCUGAAAAUGCACCUGUUCAGCGAUUAAAGCACGUCCGAAUGACGAACGAGCUAUCCACCCAAGUCGCAAAGAAGUUAUUGAAUGAGAAAAAACGAGCCCUUGUGACCGGAGAAUCGAGCAGGGAUAUCAUGAGUUUACUAGUGAAAGCAAAUGUCUCGGAAAAUCCGAAAACUCAAUUAGACGAUGAAGAAUUGCUUGCUCAAAUGAACACCAUCAUUCUCGCUGGCCAUGAAACAACCGCUAAUGCUUUUUCUUGGACUCUUCUUGAACUUUCAAAGCGCCCCGAAGUCCAAGAACGACUGAGAGCGGAGAUCAGGGCGAAGGAGCGAUUGAUUUUUGACCGUGGUGAUACAGAAUUCACCGUGCAGGACUUGGAUAGCAUGGCAUAUUUGACUGCUGUGGUGAAGGAAGUACUUCGAUUCCAUCCAGUUGUCUACAACAUCGCACGUGUCGCGGCUCGGGAUGAUGUGCUUCCUUUGAGCAAGCCCGUGACACUGACAACAGGAAAAGUAGUGCAAGAGGUGCCGAUACCGAAAGGAACGUUCAUCCUUGCUUCUGUCGCUGGAUAUAACAAGAACAAGGAAAUCUGGGGAGAAGAUGCUCACGCUUUCAAUCCUGAACGAUGGUUCCGGAAAAAUACGAACAAGGAAGUAUCUAUCGGUGUCUACGGGAAUCUAUUCAGCUUUGCUGGAGGAUCGAUGUCGUGCAUUGGCUGGAGAUUCGCGGUCCUCGAACUCCACGCCUUUUUAAUCGAGGUUAUCAAUAACUUUGAAUUUUCUAUGACUACCGAAGCUGAACGGGUUCGGAGGGAGGCUUGCUCUGUCAUGACGCCGACUGUGGAAGGAGAGGUGGAGAAGGGUUCGCAACUGCCUUUGAGAGUAGCAAUAGCCUCCCGCUAGUAGUGACCUUAUAGAGUGAAAUUUGAUCCUGAUUCGCUGAUGAUCUGUCUU